AUUCACGAAUGUAGCGUCUUGAAAUGAGGCUGCUCGCGGUUCUGCUGUUCACAGCCAUCUCAGCAUUCUGCGAGGGAUCAUGGCUUGUUUCCCCAGUUCAGCCGGUCAUAGCACAAUCGCGUCCAAAGCCAAGGAAACCACAUUAUAAAAACAACAACCUGUACUAUUACAGCCCUGAAACGAUAGCUUCUACCUUUUACCAUGGAUCCCAAGCCAAUUGCCAAUGUCGUCCCGGGCCUCCUGGACCCCCUGGGCCACCAGGAAUUCCUGGUCUGCCAGGUGAGGAAGGAGCGCCAGGUGAAAAAGGAGAUCAUGGUGACCGCGGAGAAAGCGGAAAAAGAGGAAGGCCGGGUUAUUCUGGGUUUCCGGGGCCCAUUGGCCCACCAGGACUACCUGGCCCACCGGGCCGCCCUGGAACAUCUUAUCAGAAACCAGGUCCAACAAUUAUUUACUUGCCAGCAAUUCCAGCAGACAAGCCGCCAAAUACGGAAAACCAAAGGGCAGCAAUGAAACCACACCAUCAAAACCCGAAAAUAGAAACGUCAUUAAAAUGACAAGCAAGCCCCAGGCACCGCAGCCUUUGAGGGCAAAUUCCACUCAAAUGAAGUAUCUUAAAGUUAGUCCGCAACUGACCCAAAACCACAAAAACCGAAAUCGCAAGAGACCAACUACUUUCGGCAAUGCCGAUCGCAGGAAAAUCAACCAGAGCAACAAGAUAACAACAUCGACUAACAACAGAAAAACAGUGACCCAUUCCCAAAAUCAUAAAACAAACACUCCAAUACGCCGAAAGCAGACUCCUAAGCGAAAGGUAAUUAAAAAUACAACUAAUGAUUUAAGCAGUUCAGAUCGACAGCCGGCUUCCA